GCGACAGGCAGGCCGCGGCGCAGCUGUUCGCGGCGACCGCCGCGGCGGCCGCCGCGGCGGCCGCCGCAGCCGGGCUGUGGUGGAGGUGGCGCUGCCGCUCGCCCGAGGCGGUGCUCCGGGAGGCCCUCGCGAGGUUGGACAGCGCGCAUCGGGCGCCCUUCUCCGAGAAGGACGAGGCGGACUACUGCGAGGCGGCGGGUGGUCCGCCUGCGUGGCCUCGCGGGCGAGCGCGUGACGCCCACGCUGCGGCUGGGCGCGCGGGCGCAGCGCCUGGAAGCAGAGAGUACGAAUCUUCAACGCUUGCUGGGCAGCCUCGACGAAGCGCUGGGGCACGGCUCCGUCGAGAGGGUGCGCGCCUUGGUGGCCAAGAGCCUCCCGCUGUGCCCGCACCCGUGCUCCCCGCGCGCGCUGGGCGACCUCGACGGCCCCCCCGCUGGGGAUGCGGAGAUGCAGUGCAUCGAAGACGCGGCGUGCUUGGUCUUUCUGGAAAAGGAGCUGCAGGACGGGUUCGACGACGGCAAGCAGGACGAACAGAUGGUCCGCCUCCUGCUCGUCUUUGCAGCCCUCCCCGUGCCCUUGUUCUCAUCGCCACCCUCCAGCUUGCCCCUGUCCUGGCCCCCGACGUCGUCGUCGCCGCCGUCCUGGGAGCCGUCGCAUUCUGCGCUGCGGCGUGCAGCCGAGAGCGCGGCUCGUGUGUACCUGUGGCUGAAGCUCAGUGUUGUUUAA